GUGAACAAUGGCGGCCAAGCGGCUCUCCUAGGAUCGAUCUUGGCCUUUUAAAACCCGGUUAUUUUCCUUUUUUGAAGUCCUUAGGCACGGUCACAGUUAUCCAGGAAACUGAGCUUAGUUUUCGUGUUCUAUCCGGAUUUGGAACAUCCUGGAGGAGAGAAAAUGGCGAAGGUGAUAUAGAGGAGGUCGGGGCGGGAGCGAAGCCACGGGAAUCUCGGGGAGGAAUUUUCGUCAAUUUCUUCUUCUCACGGAGGUUUCUCUGAGAUAUAUAAUACAUCAUGCCUCGGCUGGGCCUUGGCUAUGAUAUGGACCAGUUCCUGGACCACUGUCGUAUGACAAAACCUCCAUAUGAAUGCCCGCAUGCAUCAUGUGGCAAGAUUUACCGCAGUCUAGCAGGCAUUCAGCACCACAUGAACACAUAUGACCAUGAGAAUCCUCCUCCAAAUGUGGUCACUCCAAAAUCAGCCCGGAAGAAAAACAUGAAGCGACCCCCAUCCCCUGUAGCAAGCCAGGAUCCAGAGCCACCUUCAAUACCAUACUCACAUGACAUGAAAACUGUGGAGUUUGAGGUUGAUGGAAAGUUGACUCGGUUGUCUGUCUAUGACCCAAUAGAAAUUUUAUCAAAGCACGAUUUUCCAUUUUCUGAUCAGGAGGAUUACGAAGCCUCUAUGCCUCCGGUCGUGGAGGAGCCCCCACCUCAGGAGCAAGCACGCACACCAACUAUCAAACCCUUGCCCAAGACACCAACAUCUAAAACCUCCCUAUCAAAAACUCCAGUGCAGAAAACUCCUCUCCAGAAACCACCGAAAGCUCGUACAGGUGAUAAAGAUAGAGGGGUAGAUGUCCAACGGUACACGAUAGAAGAGAAAAAAAGCAACAAACUCCCAGAAGCAUCAUUUUCAGUCAUAGAGGAUUAUUACAAAAAUCUUCCUGAUGCUCCUCCACAACCAUCCAACUAUCAUAGGUUUAUAGAGAAAAGUCUUGAAGAAUUAGAUGAAGAAGUGGAGUACGACAUGGAUGAGGAAGACAGAGCAUGGCUGCAGAAAAUGAAUGAGAAGCGAGCCGUGGAUGAACUGCCACCUGUAGAAAUGGAGACCUUUGAAUUACUCAUGGAUCGUUUAGAAAAGGAAUCUUUCUUCCAGGCUCAGUCAACUGGCAGAGAUUCUGGUGUGCCAAUAGAUGAGGAUGCUGUAUGCUGUAUUUGUAUGGAUGGAGAGUGUCAAAACAGUAAUGUUAUCCUAUUCUGUGAUAUGUGCAACUUAGCAGUGCAUCAGGAGUGCUAUGGAGUUCCUUACAUCCCAGAGGGGCAGUGGCUGUGCAGGCGGUGCUUACAAUCUCCAUCACGGGCUGUGGACUGUGCUCUUUGUCCUAACAAGGGUGGAGCAUUUAAACAGACAGAUGAUGCUCGCUGGGCUCAUGUUGUUUGUGCCAUGUGGAUUCCUGAAGUUUGUUUUGCAAAUACUGUUUUCCUUGAACCAAUAGACAGUAUUGGUAAUAUACCUCCUGCUCGGUGGAAACUCACAUGCUACAUAUGCAAGCAGAGAGGAGUGGGUGCUUGUAUCCAGUGUAAUAAAGUAAACUGCUAUACAGCUUUCCAUGUGACCUGUGCUCAACAAGCAGGACUGCAUAUGAAGAUUGAUGCAGUAAGAGAGACAAGUGUGAAUGGCACAUCAGUUACAGUGCGUAAAGCAGCUUACUGUGAUAUGCACACCCCAGCUGACUCAGAUGCGCGUCCUCAGCUCGAUGAGAUUAUGGACUCAGCUAAGAAAGCAGCAGCAAAAGCGGCAUCCCGACAGAAAAUGAAGAAAGCUCGUAAGAUUUUGGCCGAGAAACGUUCUGCUGCUCCAAUUGUUUCUGUUCCCACAAUACCAGCUGACCGUAUUCAGAAAUUGGCAUCCCUGGUCAGUAUGCCCAAAAGGUCACAGUUCAUGCACCGCCUCUUAGCCUUCUGGACGUUGAAGCGGCAGUCGAGAAAUGGCGUCCCGUUACUGAGACGGCUCACAACCUCACAUUCCCGCCGCAGCAACCGGUCACCUGAGGAGAAGAACACAGACUACAAGGAUAAGGAGAAAAUACUCAGUGAGGCAGAGAGACGCAGAGAAGAAAUUAAGUAUUGGCAGAGGUUACGUCAGGAUCUGGAAAAAGCAAGGCUGCUCUGUGAACUAAUUAGAAAGAGGGAAAAAACCAAGAGAGAGCUAGUCAAGGCAAAAGCUGAGGAGAAGCAGGUGCAAUUGGCUCCUCUAGUGCAUCUACUACUACAGACCAUUGAUGUAAUUCAAGAGAAGGAUCAACAAAUGAUAUUUGCUGAACCAGUUGACUUUGAUGAGGUUCUUGACUAUCUUGAUGUGGUAAAACAUCCCAUGGAUCUUUCCACCAUGAGACAGAAGGCUGAGACACAUCAAUACCGCACAAUUGAUCAAUUUGCUAGUGACUUUGAGCUGAUGAUUGACAACUGUCUCACGUAUAAUGCAAAAGAAACCAUUUUCUAUAGAACAGCUGUUAAGCUACGGGACCAGGGUGGUGCUAUCAUUCGUCAACUCCGAAGAAAUGUUGAGAACAUUGGAUUUGAUAUGGAAACUGGGUUGCUACUACCACACCGACCCAAACCUUUGCCAGAAUACUCUGAUAACAAGAUAAUCAAGGAAGUUGAUGAUGCCCUGGUAGCUGAUGGUGAUGAUUCAGCAAGUCUAGAAGAUCGAGAGAAAGCACUGCUUGAGCUCCUAGAUAAAGCAAACAUGAUUCGACAUCAUGUAGCGCGCAUUAAGCGUGUAAAACUCAUUAGACGAGAGAUUGGGAUAGUGCGCAGGAAACUGGCAAUGAAUCAUUCUGGAAAUAGUCAUUACAAGGCCAGUGUAACAUACUAUGACAGUGAUGACGACAGUGACAAGGAUGAUUCCGAUAUAGAUAAUAGCUCAGUCAUUGAUGAUGAGGCCGAACCUGGCGAGCCAAGCAGGCCAAGCACACCACCUCCACUGGCAGCAAAAAUGGUUAAUGUCCACCUGUCCCACACCCCUAAGACACCAUUGAGCAAUCGAAAGGUGUCCCUGUCGUCACCUAUGACCACCCCUGUGCAGCGAGGUCGGCAACGCAAGACAGGGUUCAGAGGCACACCAAAGGAUGACGCCAAACAGAAGCGCAUUGACUCCUUCUUCGAGCGAAUCAAUAAGAACUCUCAGAGAGAAUCAGAUCAUCCUGACCAUGCAGCCACACUUGCAGAUGAGAGUAAAGCAGCUAAACCAGAGAAAGAAGAUUCUGCUCAGGAGACUCCCAAGAAGCGAGGUCCUGGGCGCCCUCCUAAGCGUCUCAGAACUCUGUCAGGUCCCUCUGCAAGUCCCCCGGCCAAAAAGCAAGUAGAGAGUGACUCAACAGAGCCUGUGACGCCAACCAAAGAAAGCAGUGAAGAUGGGCCAGAGGAAGAACCCCCCUCUGUACCUAGCUCUCCAUCUGGGGUGAAUCGGCGCACAUCAGUCCUCUUCACGAAGAAAGCUGGGGCACUGUUUAAGAAGCCAGACAGUUCAUCUCCCCAGAAACGCAUAUCACGCCAGCGUCGAGCAUCAGAGAGCACACAGGGCACCAAUAGUGAUGUUGACAUUCAGUCACCAGAAAAGACACCAAAGUCGGCAAACAAGAAAAAGGGACAUCUAAUGAACACAAAGUCGGGCUCCUCCCUGUCCUUCCCUGAAAACAUCUCAAUCUUAGAUCUCUCAGACAGUGGGACACCUCCAUCCAAGGAUUCCUUCAAGAUGUAUCGACAGGGAGGAGAGAUACCCCCAGAGACCGAUGAGGAUACACACUCUGAAUCCAACUCCAGCCUGACGGACACAGAGGAUGACACUGCUUCAGACUCGGAUUCAGAAGGUGUUGGUAGUGAGUCUGACUCAAGUGUGGCGGUUGAUUCACCUGGCUCGGGUCACACUGGAGACCAGAUUCCUCUCGAACCUCUUGACCUUGUUUGGGCUAAGUGUCGGGGUUACCCUUGGUAUCCUGCUCUGAUUAUCAAUCCCAAGAUGCCUAAAACAGGCUACUUCCACAAUGGUGUUCCAAUUCCAGUACCUCCAGAUGAUGUUUUAGCAUUGGCUAAUAAUUACCCUUCACCAAUGUACUUAGUGUUGUUCUUUGAUAAUAAACGCACUUGGCAAUGGCUGCCCCGUAAUAAGUUAGAGCCCCUUGGAGUGGACUCAACCUUGGAUAAGGCCAAACUUGUGGAAUCCCGUAAACCAGCUGAAAGGAAAGCCGUGAAGAAAGCGUAUGAAAAGGCCAUCUUACAUCGAUGCAGGGUGACAGGAGAAAACACAGGACUCAGUGGGGAAUCAGAGAAUGAGGAAGCAAGUUGAAGCAAGAAGGCUGUAAUUGAAUGUUGAUAUGAGUGUGUGGCUAUAUGCAUAUGGUAUGACUGUAUAUCUGCAAGUUUGUUGUGCACAUGUGCUUGUCAUUGAGUCUGCUGUAUGUAUCUGAGAUAAGGAGACAACUUGUAAAUAGGUUACUGAAGAAAAGAAAACCUUAUAUUUAAAACUAAACUGAGUCUUGUUCUACUAGGUGAAUUGGUGAGUAAGAAGUGCGGGAUUAGGAUAUGAAGAGUGACAUGUAUUUAAAGAGUAAUUGUAUGCAUUUGCAUUCUUCUUCCAAAUAAAUGAUAGAUGUUUAUAGAGUAGACUUAGUGCCAUUAUACAGUGUUGUUUAUAUAUAAUUAUUUAUUUUCACUUCAAUUAGAUCUUGAUAUCUCAGAUUACUAUAAAUCAGCAAUCAAAGGACAUUGUGACCAAUAAAACAAAGUUUCUCUAGACUAAUUUGUACCGUGUGAAAAUGGAAACACGUGGGUUACCAUUCCAGGACAAUAGCAGUUUUAGCAGAAAAAAAUAUAUUCAGUGUAUUGUUGCAUAUGGAGAUUGGUUAGUUAUAUUUCCAAUAAUGGUGUGUAUUAUAGAUCAUAGUUUUAAAUCACAGUAAUCACUAGUCAUUUAGAUUACGGUAACAGAAGAAUCAUCAUGGUUAACAUUUUAUUUUUGUGUGUGGAAAAAAUGAGAAAUUCCUAAAGUAGAGGAACAAGAAUGGUUAAGGAACACAGCUUUAUUUUAAAGACAGUAUCUUAAUAAACAAAGAGGGCGUAUCUAUCUUUAUGUAAAUUAUUAUUGUUGUAGGAAUAUCCCUCUAACCUACAGUAGAGGUGACAGUACUGGAACAGUUGACAUGCCAUUCUAUAUUUGAUUUAUUUUUAGAUACUGUCUCGAGGAGAGGCAACAGUAGAUUAAGCUCAUUUUAGUAGCACCAAUAAUUUAGUCAUUACAUGUGAAGAAGUAACAGUUUAUUAUAGACAUGGUAUGGAUUUAUGAUACUGCCUUAGACUUGGUGUUAAGGAAUAUGUAGCUAGGAUAAACCUGUUAUGGAGUAAUUCAUUCAUUCCAUUAAAUAAUUAUGGCUAUGGCUUCUGAGAGAAAGUGGAAAGUAAGAAAGGCAACUCGUAGCUGUUACUGUCAAUCUGUGGAUAGAUUUUCUCUUGUGGUGUACUUCACGUUUGAGUGACUCAUUCCAAGUUUCACGCUUAUUUUUAUUCCUUCUGUUUUUUGCCUUUCAACAGCUACUGGAGGAUCUCAACAUUUGUAUAUUUUUAUGCUGUAUCAUUUCAUUUUUAGCUGCUUUUUGGUUGUGGAUGUUUAGUUUUUUUUUAAACAUAAUGAAUGAGUCUGAAUAAAUGAGAAAUUAUAGAUAGUCUUCAAAGUUCUUUAAAAUUGUUUUGUGAUGACUCAUACGAAAGUAAUUUUGGAUAUGAUUUGAUGGGAAUCACCGUCAUAUUUUCAACAUCAGAACAUUGUUGUUCUUAAGUAAAAAUGUAAGUGAAAUGUUGUAUUAUCUAAGAUUUUUUAUUAGUCAUAAUAGAAAAAUCAUGGUAAUUGCAUAACAAUUUACUAGUACAAAGGCAAUCAUUGAAUUAUUCAUCAUCAUUUGAAACAUGUUCAUUAAAUUAUUACCUAGUCAUACCUGAUGUUGGGCGCUGUUUAUGGUAGGAGUUUCAUCCUGAUUCCUGCCAUUGUUAUUUGUUAUUUUAAUUAAUCUGAAAAACACAUUAAAGGUACAUAUUGGAUCAUUUUCAUAAGCAGUGCCUUUUCAAGACCAUUGCCAUCAUCAUGCAAGUCAACCACAAGAGAGUUCUGGUUUGCAUUUGUCCUGAAAAGUCUCCCUUGUCAUUUUACUGAAUAAGCGAUAACAAUGGGUAGAUCAAACCCUGUUAUUAUUUUAUUUUUGUCAUUGAUCAGUUAAUAUCUAUAUUUUAGGAGAAUGAUCAUUAUUCAAAUGUUUACUAACAGUAAUGUGGAUUUUAUUAAUAAUAAUGUUCAAUCUGGGUGCUGACACAUGAGCAAAAUGUAUACCAUACAUUACAUGUUUAUAGGCAUCUAAGCCAGUGAGUACCUAGACCGAUAGAGUUGAAGUUUAUUCUGAGAGGUGUUUUGUUUAUGUGAAGCUCAGGUUAUGGAUUGCUUUUUUUAAUGUAGAAAAUGUUUAAUAUUCAAAAUCGAAGAUCUGAAAGUAUGAAACAUUAAGAAGGAAAGAAUCUUAACUCUAAGAUUUUAAAAACAUUGGUAGUCUUGCAUUAUUAGUAGCAUAAUUCAGGACUUUGAAGGAAAUUUUAAAUAAUUGUGAUACUUAGUAAUAUGUUUGCUGUUUUUAAAAGUAUAUGUUAUUUUUUGUAUACAUUUUGGUUUAUUUUUUAUUCAAAAUUACCUGCUUCAUGGUAUAAUUAAUCAAUCUUGGUUUGCAUUGUUUAGAUUAGUAAUGCUCAAAUAUUAUUAUAUAGCACAAAGUACAGAUAUUUCACUGCCCACCAUUGUUUAAAAUAUGAUAGAAAAGGUCAAGCAUAUACUGCUAUUAUGGGAUGGAGUAUUUUAAAAUGUGUUCAUUACAAGACAAAUUAAAUACCUCUUUAGGCUCUUUCUCGUUUGAACCUACCCAGGUGUCAGUACAAGAUCAAGAUUUUUCAUUAUAUAAGAAGGAUCUUAAACAUUACCAUGCGUGUAAUGGGGAAAUGCUAAUUCAUUAACUAGUUUUUGCUUUGAUUUUAGUACACCAGCCUUGUAUGUAUUAUGAACCUUGCAAUAAUUGCAAUAAUCAUUUUUUAUUCAAGGGGAAAGGUUAAUUCGAAGCAGCCAUUAUUUGAAGGUAUUUGAAAUGAAAAUUAUUAGUCUUACAGUUAUGAAAGCAUCACACUGCCAGAGCCCUAGUAAUAUUGAUUAUUUCAGUUGUAUAUUUGCUGUUAUGUAAUAUAAAAUAUUUAACACUUGUCCAAAAGAAUAUACUAAUGAUGACAAAAGUUAAGAAGUUAUCAAUAUGCUUAAGAAAAAUCACAAUUUGCAAUAAGCAGCCUGCAAAUAGUUAUAUUUUGGUUAUUUUUUGUAUGAAGAAGUCAUGAGAAUUCCCGACCACCAUAACUCAAAGGGAGUGCAGUGUUUUGUAGUAGCUAUCGAUAUUACAAUGCGAACCUUAUUAGGAAAGGCUUAAAUAUCCUUCCAGAUUCUUGAUAUUGGGGAACCAUUUCUUUUUAUUCUAGACAUCCAGGUAUAUAGUUGUAUCGGCAAAGGUGAUCCAGCUUCUGCAACUGUCAUUGAUAUGUUUGGCUUUCAAGAUUUUAUCAUUUUUAGGAACCAUUUCAGUAAAUAUGCCUUAUGAUGUAUACGAUAUACAUGCAAGAAUACUGCUUCCAAAAUUAAGUUAAUGGUAUGAUAAUCAGAUUAAUUCUCAGAGUGAUUAUAAAUUGGUCAGUUGUAUUAGUGUAAGCAAAUGAAUAUUUUUGUAAGUUGGUGAUGACUUAGGUUGUAUGGUGUUAUUUUCUACAUCUGAGUGUUUUUUGCCUUAUUUUUUACUUAUUUGGAUGUCAAGAACACAAUACUUUUUAUCUUUAUUUUUUUGGAGUCUGAUUUUAGAAAUUUGGUUUAUUUUGAUAUUCAGCAUCUGUGUAUUUAUCCUUGCUUCUUAGACUGACCGCAUAUUUAUAAGGUGCUUUUUUGAGAAUAUAUGUCCAUGAAAAUCAAA